AUGUCAGCCAAGGUUCUCGCCGAUAAGGACGUCAACGCUCCCAUGAUUGAGCAGCCAGUUACCAAAGACGUCAAGAGCAUGGAGUAUCAUCGCCAGGUUCUCCAGUCCAAGAUGGCUGAGGAAGAGACUGCCAACAAGUACGUCUCGCCUUCAGACAACAUCAUGAGCCCUUGCUCCGCAAAGAUCAAUGCUCUACGAAACAAGCACGCCAGCAAGGCUAAGCCUAAGUCCUUGUUCGCCCAAGCGAGCGCUAAGAAACUCCAGGGCGACAAUCCCUUGGGGGCAAAGCCAGCACCAGCCAAGGCCGGUUUCCAGCUGUAA